AUGAACGAUAGAACCUAAUAAAUGGCAGAGGAUCCCUCUACAAAAGAGUUAAACAACUUUGUGUAAACACUCCUCAAACAAAUGCAAGAUCGAUUCGAUGAGAUGUAAGGCACUAUCGUUUCUAGAAUUGACGAUAUGGGUAAUCAAUAAUAUAAUGUUAUUAGGAAAGCGCAUUGAAGAUAUUGAAAAGAGUGUAACAGAACUUAUGAAUGACCUCGGAUUCUCUGAUGAUGAAAAUGAAAAAGGCAAAUAAUUAUGA